UCGGGUGUCUUUUCUGCAACUCUUAUCCCGCUACGGUCUCCAGCCGGGAUCCGUGAAGUGUUUCCGCAAACUAUGAAUUGUGUGAUUCGUACGCUAAUAGCUGGCCAUGAGAAGUAUUUUUAAUGCGCAUCCAGAAAGUUGGUGAUUUAUCGGAUACCCCAUCGGAAAAUCUGGUAGGAAUCGAGUGCAAGCAGCGCAGAUCGUCAACAAAAUCGACAGGGCGCCCUGAAACGUGUAUAAGCCCACAAUCAGUGAACCAGAAGGAGGAGGCCACAAGCCCGAUUGGCCAGCAGCAGUAGCAACAGAACCGAGAACCCCUUCACACCCUACGACGCGGGUGACUCUUGAUUCGCUUUGCUUCCUGCUCCGCUGGAGCGUCUCGAGAAAACAUGUAAGAUUUACGACUAUCAUUGACGAACGAGGCCGGGGGCCACCCGCUCGUUAAUCGGUUGAACUCGUUGUGCGUGCCAACCUUGGAGCAGGAGGUUUGUCCCAGAUCGCAGCAGUCGCGUUUGUCGCUGCCGUUGUUUUGUUGUCGAGUCCGAGUGUGUGCGAUGCCAAAGAGAGCAGCGAGGCAAUCGAGGCAAUUAGUCUCGUUGAUGAAUCAUAAGUGAAGUCUAAUCUAAGGCCCGAUCACCUCGUAUCCGACGAUUAUAUCGAUGGGAAAAGGAGUCUUGCCUCCCGAUCGCCCCCCGUAUCCACUUCCACGAGAUGACGGCGACAUUGGCCUGCAUUCGCGAUGAUGGAACACCAGCGGGUCCGCUCGCUGGGGGAAUGGAAAAGCUCGAAUCGAAACAUCAUCCGACCACCGUACCACCGCGACCAUCGCUUAGCGAUUCCGAUUCGAUCCUUCGAACGCUUCCCGCUUGUCAACGAUUACUGUGGUAAAGAGGAAAAUGCUGCAUGCUCCCCGUUACUACGACAACGCCGGUUCUGGGUCUACCUCGACGCUCCUUCUGCUCGUAGUGAGCCUGCUUUUCCUUUGCUGUUUCGACGUCCGACUGGCCUCUCCCACGACCGUGUACGACAGCUUCCUGCCCAAUAAUGAGUUGCCUGGUGCGGACGUGCGACGGGAAGUCGUGAGACCGGGGGAGAACGAACAACAGCCGCAGCUCCCACCACCACACCCACCGGUCCAACAGCAGCUGCUCGGUUCAGCGGCCGCAGCUGGCGGCAGUGUAACGUGGGUUCCUUGGUACGGACUGACGGAACCGGCCGAUAUUGUGCUGCUGGCCGGUUUGCUGACCGUCGCCGUACUCGGUGUGUUUGUGUUUGCCGUGUUGGUGUUUAACUUGCGGGCCAAACUACGUCAAACUGUGCGCGAUCGGGAAGAAUCGGGAUCGGAGGAGCGGCUUCGAUUGCGCGCGGGCACGGGGCUUGCCGCAACCGAUCGAUUCGGGCUGCUGGAGCUCAGUGUGGCCGGAAAGGUCGCAGGAAGCGAAAGUGUAUCGAAAGUGCGUGAACCAGCGCAAGGUAUCGUACUGAUAGAGACAGUUAAACCGGUGCCAGUGAGUUGUGUAGCCGUGAAGCGUAACUGUGGGCGUGAAGAUCCCCCUCCUUCGGACUGUCGAGACGGCCCGUAUCGUGGCGGUAAACGUAUCGAACAGCAGCUUAGUCUUUCGGAUAAGCAGCUACCCGGAACGGUCGGAACGCAACGGAAACGACAUAUACCACCGGAAGCGGUGACCAUGAGUGCGAUUGGAACGACGCUCGAGUCUACCAAUCAACUACCAUCACCAGUGCCCCCACCAAUAACAGCAGCAGCUGCAGCAGCCGCAGCAGCGGAAGCCAUAGCAACCACCGUGAGCCUAGUUGGCGAUGAUAAGGAACACUGUUUGCAGCAACUACAACCAAUCUCCGAUGACAACUCGCUACAAUCGCAGCAACCGCAGCAACAGCAGCAGACCCGCAACCAACGGAAUGUACUGAAGCGGCAACCGGUGGCAGAGAUAUCGCUCACCGGGCCGCUCUCCUCCGUCAGCUCCCCCAAUGCAGCCUACAUUCAGCUGCUCACUCCUUCGUCCGCUUCCUCACUCUCCUCGUCUGCGACCACCACCGACAAUAAUGCGACCCCGACGAAGACGGGCAGCGGUGGUCCACUGUCGGCCGCCGAUGGUCCGAUGGCCGCACGAUUCGGCUUUUCACCCCGCUCGAUACACUCGUUCCCGGUGCCGACGGCCACCUACUUUCGGUUCCCGGAUGUGGACGAUUUUACACCGACACCGCGCACGAUCGUGAAACCUUCGGCGAUCGGUGAUGGCGAUUCUUCCUCCACUCCACCGGCCGUCGAUGCGUUCUCCGAUCCUUCCGAGCGCGAUCCCGUCGUUAUACCGCCUCCGAAGAAAAGUACUCCACCUCUCGCGGUCCAGCCCACGUCCGUUGCCGAGCUGCGAACAACACAGCCUGCUUCACCGUCAGUAGAACCGCCAGCAGUAGAGCAGGAUGAACCAAAGAAUGAAGAAAAGGAACCGACAGUGGAAGAGGCAACAACAACCAAGGAAAAACCACGCGAGGAAGUGCGCAGUACGGCACGAAUGUGCGCUCCGAUGGCCAACCGGCGCGUACGUCUUAAGUCGAUCUCCCUCGAUUCGGAGGGCGCUCGGUUGGUCGAAGAAAAUCUGACCUCUACCAUCCCGGUGCAGGAGCUCGUUGGAAUUGCGCAACAGAGGGGAAAAGGAUCAGGCGGAGGGAGUGGCCCCGGUUCAACGGGACGUCGUUUCGAUUGUGUGCUAGACGAUGAUGAGGAUGUGGUGGAUGAUGAUGAUGAUGAUGACGACGACGAUAGGGAGCAUAACUAUGAGACUGAUAGUGGAGCGGACAGACGUUGGCCAGCACGCACGAAGCGGGUGCGAAACAUUCUAAACCUUCGCUUGAACAUACCACCGCUCGGUAGCACUCCGGUCGGUAGCCAAUCGACCGGCUCGAUGGUGCUGGAUCAGGAUACGGCCACGAUGACGGUGCGUCCCGUGGCCACCUCGGUCUCAAAUCCGGCCAUGUACCCGGCCCCAAUGGCAGCACACCAACAGCAUCACCAUCAGUCUAAUCUACUUCCGUCUCGAUACCUUGGACAGGAAGAAGCGAGCGAGCAGUUUUACUUCGAAUACUUUGACUACGGCGAUGACGAUGACGACGAUGAGGAGGAUGAUGAUGAGACGGGAGACGAGUAUGAGGGAGAGGAUGGUCGGGAGCGGUUUGCGGAAUCAGAGGACAAUAACAACAAUAGCAGUAACAGUGGAAGCGGUAACAACAACAACCAUCACAGCUUCAACCACAACAACAACAGCGGUGGACAACGGUCACGACCAGCGCUUCCACCGGCCCCCAAAACCCCAACCCUGUCCCAGUCGAAGCAGAAGGCCAGUUCGCUCGAUUCCGACUCGAAGGUCAAGAUCUACAUCCCGUACGGUGUCAGCACCGGAUCGGUGAGCUGUAGCGGUGGUCUCAGCGUGAUGAGCAUCGCACAGUCGCAGCCACAGGGCAUGGCCACCACGCACAAUACCUACGCUCAUCAGUCGCACCAUCAGCAUCAGCACCAUCAGCCAGUGGGGCCAGCACCGUCAUCGCACCAGACGCCAUAUGGUCACCAUCAGCAGCAGCAGCAGCAGCAGCAACAGCUGCAACCUCGGCGAGUCUCUUCCGCCUCCGUGCCAACGACACCGAAACGAUAUCAGUACCGAUCGGCGAUCGGACACUCGUACUAUCACCAUCACUCCCAGCAUCACCAUCCGCAGCAUUACCAAAGUCAAGGACAAUCAAAACUGAAAGCAGCGUUUGGCGGCGACCAGGGAACGAUGAUGCGAAAGGACAAAUCAGUAAUCGGGCUGAACAACAGCAGCAGCAGCAGUACCACGGUGGGCACUGAGGAGGGUAAGGGGCAAGCUGGUGCUAGCACCACCACCACCACCACCACCACCGGUCGAUCGAGUAUUUUGCAGCGUCGUGGCUCCAACCACAGCCUCACGUUGAACCUCGAUAUCUAUCAUCGGGGUGGAAGCGUGGAUCUGACGGGAUCGAACUGUAGCCUGCAGCAGCACCGUGGUUCGUACAAAAACCUGCACCAAGCGCACUCACAAUCACAGCUCUACCAGCAGUAUCCGGACACGGGCACGACGGCGGUGGAUCGUGGUACCGUGCGUGUCCAAUGCCAUCAAGCUUCGCCCCAGGGUGGCGGUGGCAGUACGGUUGGUGAAGCGACGGGGAACGGUGCCACUACCGGUGCUGGUGCUGCCCCAGCCAACAACACUACCAACAACAAUAACAACAAUAGCAAAAAGAAUCUCCUGCAACGGCGCGGAUCCAAUACGAGUCUCACCCUGAAUCUCCGUUCCGGUGUCGUUGGAGGGGGUGGUGGUGGGGGCGGUUCGACUUUUGGAUUGAACCGUUUCAGCAGCCACAAUUCGCUCCACACGACGCACAUGUCUGCGCUGGGUACUGGUACCGGGUCGUACCUGCAGCAGCAACAGCAACUGCAAACGGCAGGGCACGGACAGCAUGGGCAGCAGCACGGACAGUACGGGCAGUCCGGAUCCGGGCUGGUGCGCCCGGCUGGAUCGAGAAAGUCACUUCUCGAGCGGCGCAAUUCGAACGCUAGCCUAACACUGAUCAACGUGCAUCAGCGUACGCUCUCCGUCUCGAACUGUAAUCUGCGAUCGGGCUCGAUCUGUAGCCUGAACAGCCUGCUAACAACGCACACCCAGAACGAAGCAGGCGGUGGCGCCGGUGGUGUGAUGAUGCUGGAGGAAGAUGAGCUCGAUUGUACGGGUGCGGCGGGCAGUGGAGAGCACGAUAAUGGCCAUGACUACCACCACCAUCACCAUCAUCACCAUCAGCAUCAUCAACAUCACCAUCAGCAUCAUCAGCAGGGACUGUGUCAUCGUCAUCGAGCGGUAGGCGCUGGUGGUCGCCAUGGCGGUAGCAUCGAUGGUGGUAUCGAUGGCACCAGCGAUGCUGUUGUUGCUGGCAGAUCGGAGUUGACUGGGGAAGGUGGUGCAGCGACAGGAGGCCAGGGACGGUGCGGACGGUCGAUGGGGCGGCUGACGAUAGCGAUGGCGCAGGGUACCUCGAUGGAUAUUGCUGGAUCGACCGGAGAGCCCGAAGUAGGUCGAGGUGGUGUUGCUGGAGGAGACUAUCAGCGGCACGGUCGGCAGCGAAAGUUCCGCAGCUCGGACAGCCUGCAUAACAUCAAUGCUCGCGAGCAAGGACUGCAGAGCAGCUGUCUGGCGGUUCAGCGUGACACAAAUCUCGGCCAUCACCAUCACCAGGAACAGCUGACGGAAGCGAAGCUAAUGGCGUGCGGUGGUCGCUACGAAGACCGUCAUCAUUAUGGAUCGUCGGAAAACUUUAAGCAACCUAGCAAUCGGCUGUCAACACACCGUGCACUGUUCCACAAGGAUCCAUCUACCGUGACUUCCGCUUCCUCGGCGAACAACCUUUCCGCCCUCGGUACGGGUUCACAGUGUUGCUGUUGUUGCUGCUGUUGCUAUUGUUGCUGCGGUCAAGGUGGUGUCCAUGGUGGCGGUGUGCAUGGUGGCGUUGGAGGCGAUGGUUGCUGCGAUGGAAACGGUGGUGGGUUAAUCGUAAAGACGGGCAACCUCAGCAUCAGCAACUCGAACAUACGCAACAUCUCGACCAAACCGCUCAGCCCGCAGACCACUAGCGAGGACUUUAAAAUCUACCUGGCCAACAUCCAGUUCCUGCAGAACGCCUCGAACGUCCUGACAAUCGCGUACCUGCGCAAAUUGCACAACUUUUUCAGCAAAACCUAUCGCAAAAUGGUGUCCGCAACAGCAGCAUCAUCAACGCACCAACCAUCGCCGGAUCAGUCCACGAGACGGAAGCACUCGUCGUCGAAGGAACCACCACCACUGCCAUCACCACCGGUGACGGAUAAGCCCCUAGAAACCAACAGGCAAACCGAACCGGAAACCGGCGGCGGCGAAGCGUGCUCGACGAAGAUGAUGCUACUGCACAGCGACAGCCUGCACCAUCCGCCCGUCUGCGAUGACGAAUCGUACGACGAGGAGCACAAGAAGAUGGUGCUCAAAAUACACCAGGAGUUCUGGGACCUGCCGACCAACUACCAGGAGAAACCGCUCGUCUUUGGUUCGCAGGCAAAGAACCGCUACAAAACUAUCCUGCCAAAUGAGCACUCGCGGGUGAUACUGUCGCCGGAGCGUGCUUCCACCGUUACCAGUGAACCGUACAUCAAUGCCAACUACAUCAAGGGUCCGGAUUAUGCCAACAACAGUUACAUUGCGACGCAAGGACCGCUACCGAACACGAUCUACGAAUUCUGGCUGAUGGUACAUCAGAACAUCGUUCGAACGGCUGCUGCUGCUGCUGCUGCUACGACGACGACAACGGCCCCAACGGCCUGUAGCACCGAUUUGGAGCAGAAAAUAGUGAUGCUGACAAACUUUGUCGAAAACGGACGUCAAAAGUGCGCCAUCUAUUUUCCGCAGAACGUUGGCGAAUGGCUCGCUUUCGGUUGCACGGCCGAUGUCGAUGUGAGCGGGGUGCUGGAGGAAAAGGACGCGAUUAAGCAGGCAACCGGCGGUGGCCCUAUGGCGGUACGCUGUGCUAGCAGCUUUUUCCUCGUGCAAAACAUUAUCCUUGAGCAGCGUAACGGAUACACCGUACGAACGCUCAGCGUAAUCUAUGGUUCUCGAGAGCGGCCGGAGUCAGCCUCCGUUAAGCCUCCAACGGCAGCCGAUGGUACAACCAGUAGCAGCAGCAGCACCGCCGCCGCCAGCGCCAUCGCUGCUUCAUUUGAUCUGAUUCAUUUUCGGGCACAGCAUUACUGGUUUCCGGAUUGGCCCGAUCAUCGCUCACCGAAUGACAUUAACGUGCUGCUGGACCUGAGCUUGGACGUGCUCGGUAGCAACGUGCGUGCGCCCGGUUCAACGGGCGAUCUACCCGAAACUCCCGGUGCUUCAUCUCCCGCCGUCGAUGUACUGCCAAUCAUUCACUGCUCGGCCGGUAUCGGUCGAACAGGCUGUCUGAUUGCCAUACUGAACGGUUUGCGCCAAUUGCGGCUCUCAGUGAUGUCUCAUCGGAAGCGGCGGGUACGCAGUGACAUUCAGGCUGACGCUUCGUCGCUACUUGCUGUCGCUGCAGCGCCAUCACUUUCCACUGAACAGCCCAAGGAUACGAACCCGGAUGAUCCUGGUGGUGCUGAUGACGCUAGUGGCUUCUCGGUGGAUGACGAUGGUUCAUUGGAACCAUCCAUUCCACUGCCACCGGUACCCAGCGGUAGAGGGAACGGCAGCAAAGCUGCGGUGUGCAAUUCCGGUGGUAACGGUCGUAGUGGUGGUGGAAGUGGUGCCAGUAGCCUCUCGCGCGAGAUCGGACAGGUCGAUAUACUGGGUAUCGUGUGCAACCUGCGACUGCAGCGUGGCGGCAUGGUGCAGAACUCGGAGCAGUACGAGCUGAUCCAUCGGGCACUGUGCCUGUAUCUGGAGAAGCUGACACAGGAAAAGCGAUCGGCGCACGGCGACAGUGAUGGUUUGGGCGGCAAAAGUAGCACCUAGGAGGUGUUUUCUAG